AUGGACCCCUUGUGCAGGGACCCUCCUCACCAGCGAGCGGGGUUUGCAAAAAGCUGGGCGGCUCAUUCCCCCCUCCCUCGCUUCCCCGUGCAGCUGGUGUUAGUGCUCGGCGACCUGCACGUCCCGCACCGCUGCAGCGGCCUGCCCGCCAAGUUCAAGAAGCUGCUGGUUCCGGGGAAGAUCCAGCACAUCCUGUGCACGGGGAACCUCUGCACCAAGGAGAGCUACGACUAUCUCCGGACGCUGGCUUCGGAUAUUCAUGUUGUUAGGGGGGACUCCGAGAGCCUGAAUUAUCCCGAAGAGAAGGUUGUGACUGUGGGGCAGUUCAGAAUUGGCUUGAUUCACGGCCAUCAAGUUAUUCCCUGGGGAGAUGUGGCCAGCCUGGCUCUGCUACAGAGGCAGCUGGAUGUGGACAUUCUCAUCUCUGGACAUACGCACAAAUUUGAAGCUUUUGAACACGAAAACAAAUUCUACAUCAACCCAGGAUCAGCAACAGGCGCCUACAAUGCUUUGGAGAUAAACACCACCCCUUCUUUUGUGCUGAUGGAUAUCCAGGCAUCCACAGUUGUGAUUUAUGUGUAUCAGCUGAUUGAAGAGGAUGUGAAAGUAGAAAGAAUUGAGUUCACGAAACCCUGAGGUGUAUGUGCAUCACUCACAGCCUGUCACCCCUUCUGGGUGCCUCCUUUCACUCCGUCCUGAUGGGAUGGAGGCCACGAGAGGGUGCUGYAGCAGCACCUUGGGCUGUAGCUCGGCCACGAUGCUCUAGCAGUGCYUURUGAGCUGCCCAAGAGGUUUGGUCCUGGACUAGGAGCAGACCUUGAGGCAGGAGGGGCUGC